AUGAAGAGAUUUAUAGAUACAGGCCGAAGAUCGGUACGGUUUGGUGGUUGUAGAAAAUUAUCAACAGAUGACUCCCCUUCUCAAGCUGGAACUAGAACCUUAUUUAAAUUGAUUAAUAAUCCGCCUACUAUUGCUAGAUUAUCAGUUGCACCAAAAAUACCUAUAUUCAUUCGCCAGGGAUGUCUAGUAUCAUUAUAUAAUAAUGGAAACAAUAUAUCAGAUGUAUCUUUAACUAAACAAUUUAUUAACUUAUGGAGUAAUAUGAUUCAAUAUUCCUCUUUAAAACCUUCACAAUUUGUGAAAUUGGUAUCAUCUAUGCAUUCUUUCAAUGCACUUAUAUCUACCAAUAAUUCGUUGAAUAAAAAUCUCCAAACUUCUUUGUAUCAUUUAAAUUUAUCUGGUGAAGAAGAUUGGCAAAUUUGGGGUAAAGAUUCAAUCGUCGCAUAUGAACAAAAUACUUCCUUGGAUUUAUUACCAUCACGAUCGUUACAAUUCAAUAAAUUUAUUAAUCAAAAUUUUAUCGUAUUAAGAGGUCGUGGUAAUUUAUUAUUAAAUGGUAUAGGAUCGAUUAUUAAAUUAGAUUUGAAAAAUCCUUAUGAUGAAAUAUUAAUUAAUUAUAAAAAUUUAUUAGCAAUUAGUGGGAAAUCUCAAGUAGAUAUUAGAGAUUCUGUAACAAAUCAAUUGAUGUCGCAAAAUAAAAUUAAAAUCGAAUAUAUUCCAAUCCCCAGUUUUAAGGAUGAAAAAACAAACUCAAUCACUAUAAAAUCUGUCGUAUCAUUAACAAAAGCAUUAAUUAUAAGAUCGAGUCAAUAUAUAAGGAAAUUAUAUGAUGUAACCAAAUAUGGUACUCCAACAAAUUUCAUUAAAAUUAAAGGCCCUAGAACUUUGUUGAUUCAAAGUUUUAAUAAUACUAUUCUUGAUAAUAAUUCAAAUUAUGAAUUAGAACCAUUAUUACCUGAUGAACCAAUGGAAAAAUAUAUUUCGAAAGAAGUUAAAGACGAUUUAGCUAAUAGUAAUUUAAGUUUUGCGUAUGUUGAACCAAAUGGUAAAGUAGAAUUUAAGAAAACUUUAACAUUAUUAGAUUCUAAAUAA